GAUAAAAACCGGGGUCUUCCACCGGUUUCCAGUUUUUUCGGUCGAGCCGACAGUUUUGCUCCAUUUUCAACCGGUCCGGUUAUGACAAAAAUGGUUAAUAGUUCCAUUUUCAAAAGGAUAAAUACAAUUAAAUUACAUAAUGAAUUGAAACUGAACUAAAGAAAGACACGUGCCAUAAAGAGACCCACCCACGCGACCCAAUAAACCGGUGUUGCAUCGCGGAAGCCGAUUUGACUCACCACGCGCGCACCCAACCGCCAUUUUUCAUUUUUGAAAAUCAAACCUUGAACCCUUCCUUGGGUUCGGCUUUUACUGCUCUUCCCUUCCCUUCCAGAAUCAAAAUUAAAACCCACAACCCCCGUUUGAUUCUCCUACAGUUCACACGAUUCGUGUUCUUUUGGACUCAACGAAUGAGCAGCCUACCCAGAUGAAGAGCAUUGAACGUUUGCCUGAAGCCAUCCGCAGCUCUGUGCGUUCUGGGGUUGUAAUAUGUGAUUUGACGCGGAUUGUUGAUGAGCUUGUUUUCAACAGCAUUGAUUCAGGUGCUACAAAGGUUUCUGUGGCUGUUGGCGUUGGUAGCUGCUAUGUUAAAGUGCUGGAUAACGGAUCUGGUAUUACACGGGAUGAACUGGUUUUGGUGGGAGAGCGAUAUGCAACGUCAAAAGUUAACCACUUAACUCUAGUGGAUAGUGGUACUGAAAACUUUGACUUUCAAGGGGAAGCCCUGUGCUCAAUAUCCGACAUUUCUUCGUUGGAGAUUGUGACAAAAGCACGUGGAAAGCCAAAUGGAUACAGAAAGAUAAUGAAGAACGGUAAGUGUUUAUUUCUUGGAAUCAAUGACGAUAGACAAGAUGCAGGUACUACAGUCGUUGUCCGUGAUAUAUUUUACAAUCAGCCAGUUCGAAGGAAGCAUAUGAAAUCCAGUCCGAAGAAGGUGUUGGACUCGAUCAAAAUGAGUGUGCUCAGGAUUGCCCUUGUUCAUAUUAAUGUCUCUUUCAAAGUUUUGGAUGUCGAUAGCACGGAUGAGCUGCUUCAUACAGGACCAUCAUCUUCUCCUCUAUUAAUACUUUCUAGUCAUUUUGGGAUUGGAAAUUCAACCACUUUCUACAAAUUGAAUUUAUCUGAUGGUGAAUUGAAACUUUCUGGAUAUAUUUCUGAUCCUCGUGAAUUUCUCUCUCUGAAGGCAAUCCAAUAUGUUUAUAUCAACUCACGAUUUAUCUGCAAGGGACCAAUUCAUAAACUGUUGAAUCAGUUGGCUGCUAAAUUUGAUUUGUUGGGUUCCUGGCAGCUUGCCACUAGUUCCGAAAACGAGAAGAGAAAUAAGUAUGACACGUGUCCAACAUUCAUUUUGAAUCUUCACUGCCCAAGAUCGUAUUAUGAUAUAAUCACUUCUGACCGAUCAAGGACCUCGGUGGAAUUUAAGGAUUGGGGUCCUGUAUUUACUCUCAUCGAGAAUGGUGUCAUGCGUCAUUGGACAGGAAAUAUCUCUCAUGAAAUAGAUAUAUCAGAUACUUUUGAAAGUGGAAAAAAGAGGUGCAAGAAACAGAACUGCCAAACUCCUCUAGAUUUUCGCUCGCCACAAAGGAAGAAGCUAUGCAAAAAUUAUGAUAACAUGCCAUCUUUGUAUGAGUGUGUAUCUUCAUUUGGAAAGCCUUCAAGAAAAGUUCCUGAGCUUAAAAAGCACCAGACAGAGGCAGGUUUAACAUCUGAAAUUGACUACCUGAGCCAAUCACGAGAUGUAUCUCUUACCGGUUACAACGUGACAACAAAAGAGGAGAUUAGAAACCUUCUAUCUCCUCCUCGCAUUGUUUUCUCUCCAGUUCAUGUCGCAUAUCCAUUUAGUGAAAAAGAGUAUGUCAUGUCAUCUUCAGCAUUGGGGACUAUCUUACCGGAAUAUGAUGAUAAAAUAGAUGACAUAUCAAGAGUGAGCGAGGUCUCAACUGAUUGUCUUGAACUCAGUGAUGAUAUUCAUAUUGACCAGGAACCGUGCAAAUCAUUUCUACGAAGUUGCUCCUUUGAAAGGAGCUUGCUUCAUGAAAUAAAAUCGCCUGCAAGAGAUGAAAUUUUUGAGUUUGCUACUGAUCAUGUCAGAAAUCGAAAAAGGUGGAUCGAUUCUGAUAAUAGCAUGAUAGAUGAAAUUGACCUCGCCAUCUGUGGAAGAGAUCUACAGUGCAGUGGGGCAUCACCAUUUCAGUCCUUUCCAAUGAGUCAAUAUGACAUGCAUGAAAUAUCAGAGCUUCCAGUAACAGAUUGGGUGAAGUCAUCGUCAGUGUUUAGAAAUAAUCUCUCUCACUCCUCUAAAAGGGCUGGGGAAUGCACUUCCAAUUGGCAGUCUUUCAGGUCUGGAUGGUCUCCCACACCAUCAGAAGAAAUUAUCAAAUUUCGUGAUGAUGAUGAUGCUGCUAUUUACAAAAAAAAUGUUGACUGUUGCUCUGAAUUUGGUACCAGACACGGAUAUUCUGCGAAGGGAGACAAUGAAGAUUUCAAUUUAAACAGUAAAGAGAGUUGGCUGCAGCAAACCUCCUCCAUUAUGAACUUUUCCCCUUAUAAUAAGAGUGAAAUUGGUGAAUUUCAUGGGAGACGUGUUGAAAAUAUGUUCUCUCCUAAGCCUUUCAAAAGAUCUAGUGCAACAGAUUUGUCACCUUUACACUUGUCCGGUGAAAAGAGUACCAGUAAUUACUCAGUGCCAUCACUAUAUGACACUAAUCCAGCAGAGCAUGAAUGUGGAAGACCUGGUAGUAGGAAUCAUGAGAUUAUGCCUAACAGAAAGAACAGCUUCAAAAGAAGCCAUUCAGCUCCACCAUUUUUCAAACGGAGGAAAAGAUAUUUUGACUUGACUUAUUCUUCCACUAUGUCUGCAAAAAGCGAAGUCCAGAGGACACGUGUAGCAUCAUAUGCGGAACCUACUAGUACCAGUCAAGGAGAACUUCAUGAAAGAAGAAGUAGGGAUUUGAAAUAUUCAAAGAGAUCAUUCGGUCAAUACCACCCUUCUCCAAUUGAAAGAUCAGUCAUGGUUUGCUCAUUUCCCGAAAGAUCAUGUUAUGAAAUCACACCUGAACCUGAAGUUGUUGCAAAUCCAAAUGGAGCAACAAAAAAUAAAGGGAAAUUAAUCGACAUAUCAUCUAAAAGUCCUGAUUUGAAGGAAAUUAAUGAUUCAGUUGACUCUGGGUGGAAAUGGCGAAAUUGUUGUUCCCCGACGACACUUCAUUUGACUAUGCAGGGUGGAAGCGUGUCUGAUGAUAUAAAAAAUCAGGAUGUUAUCCUUGACAUCUCCUCAGACAUGUUGCAUUGUGAUUCCUUGGUUCCAAAAUCCAUCGACAGGACGUCACUUGAGGACGCCAUAGUUCUCAAUCAGGUUGAUAAGAAAUUCAUUGCAAUUGUGGCAGGAAAAACACUUGCUAUGGUCGAUCAGCAUGCUGCUGAUGAAAGGGUUAGACUGGAAGAAUUACGUCACAAGGUGUUAUCUGGGGAAAUGAAGACAAUCACAUAUCUGGAUGCAGAGCAAGAAUUGGUCUUACCUGAAAUUGGUUAUCAGUUACUGCACAAUUAUGCUGAACAAAUGCAGACUUGGGGUUGGAUCUGCAACAUUCAUUCGCAGGAUAUGAAUUCCUUUACAACGCAUUUAGAUUUUCUACACAAGCAGCCAACUGUUGUUAAACUUCUUGCGGUACCGUGCAUUUUGGGUGUUAAUCUAACUGAUAUUGAUCUUCUAGAAUUCCUUCAACAGCUUGCAGAUACAGAUGGGUCAUCAGUCAUACCUCCUUCCGUUCAUCGCAUCUUGAAUAGCAAAUCAUGCAGAGGUGCAAUUAUGUUUGGAGACACUUUGUUGCCUUCAGAAUGUUCACUCCUUGUUGAAGAACUGAAACGAACAUCACUUUGUUUCCAGUGUGCUCACGGGCGACCAACCACUGUACCUCUUGUGAACCUGAAUCUAUUGCAUAAUAAGAUUGACAAGCCUUUAUUAGAUGAGUCGUGGCAUGGCUUACGACGGCAUAAACUCAGUUUGGAGCGUAGUGCCCAGCGUCUAAAGUCUAGAUAGUCGUUGUGUAUGCUCUAAAUAAAUCGGUGUAUAUAGUCUUAGUUUAGCAUAUGGGACCACAUUACUACAGUGUAACUACACUUGACUAACGUUGUGCAUAAAAAUCAUAAUAUUGUUGGAUGAAA